AUGUCGACUCGGAGGGCGAACGCGCCCGAGGUGCGCGAAUCGAUCGAGGCAAAGGCAGCCAAUGAAGAUGUCGAGAUGAAGGAUGGCCCGGAUGCCGAGGUGGAUGCCGAAGGCGAUCCUGAUGUUGACAUGGACGCUGAGGGCGAUGAGGAUGCCGAGGGUGAGGAGGAUGCUGAGGGCGAACUGGACCAGCAAGGACGUCCUGAUUUGUAUCGCUUGAUUCACAAUCUCGCGACCUACCUCUGUAGUGUCGAGGAGAAUGGCGAGCCACUUGCCGGCGGUUUCCAGCGCAUUCCCAAUCGACGAGUCCUGCCUGAUUACUUCGAGAUCAUAUCUGAGCCUGUCGCCUUCAGUACUGUUCGAGGAAAAACUCAAAAGAAGCAGUACAACUCCUUCGCCGAAUUUGUCAAGGAUGUUGCGCAAAUCUGUCACAAUGCUCAGGUCUACAACCGUCCGUCCGCUCCCAUUUUCGGCGCUGCCGUUCGAUUGAGGGAGGUGUUUGUUGAAGAACUCAAAAAGCUAGUCGACAAAGGGCAUAUUACUGCGGAUGACGCGAAAUUGCCAGAUCUAGGCGAGCUACCACCUGCAGAGGAAUCUCCGCCAGCUGAAGAUGACGAAGAGGAGGAUGAAGAAGAUGAGGAGGAUGAGGAAGAAGAGGAAGAGGAAGAUGACGAUGAUGAUGACUCAGACGACGAAGGCGGACGACACUGGGGUCGAAGACGACGUACCUCUGGCCGGAGAGAUCGAGACGUGGACAAGGAUGAUGAUGCACACAAGCGACGAGGACGACCCCCAAGUGUGCUGACCCCAACUGAGGCGCGGAUCUCGUCGCUUCUCAAGGGUCUAAGAAAGCCAAGAGAUGAUGACGGCAACCUCCUCAUUCUUGCUUUCGAGAAGCUCCCUGACAAGGCCGCUGUCCCCGACUACUACCAGACAAUCGGCAACCCUAUUGCUCUCGACAACAUCAAGAAGAAGGCGAAGCGGAAGAAGUACCAAAGCGUCGACCACGUCAUGCAAGAUAUCGAGCUCAUGUUCGAAAAUGCCAAGCGUUAUAACGAGGACGAUAGCGAAGUAUAUCAGGCCGCCGUGGAGCUCCAGAAGCAGGCUCGCUUCCUUGCUGAGCAGGAGAAGGCCAAGCCUGACGAUGAUUUCCGAGAUGAAGACGGCAAACUACCCUUGGCGGAGAUUGUGUACAAUGAUCAGUCAUGGAAAGUUGGUGACUGGGUUCACAUCCGAAACCCCAAUGACUUGGCCAAACCUACCGUGGCUCAGAUUUACCGCACAUGGCAAGAUCGCGCUGGUCAAAGGUGGAUCAAUGCCUGCUGGUACUACCGACCAGAGCAAACAGUGCAUCGGUUCGAGAAGCAUUUCUUUGAACAUGAGGUUGUCAAGACGGGCCAGUACCGAGACCAUCAAAUCGAAGAAGUCCUCGACCGCUGCUUUGUCAUGUUUGUGACACGCUUCAACAAAGGUCGUCCUCGAGGGUUCCCUCUUGACAAGGAGAUAUACGUGUGCGAGUCGCGUUACAACGAGGAAAAGUUCCGAUUUAACAAGAUCAAGACGUGGGCCAGCUGCGUGCCAGAUGAAGUGCGCGACAAGGACUACGAAAUGGACCUCUAUGAUGUUGCCCGACGGAUGAAGAAGAUACCCAGCCCUAUCAAGCACCUGUUGCGUGAGGAUGCAAAGGAAACUGAUGAGCUGCCCAAGCCCACAUGGGGAAGCCCCAACGCUCCCCCAAUUGUGGGAGCUGUGCAUCGCCGGCCACGAGAACCUAAUGAGUCGCCGCCUCCGGAACCCACCCCUCCGCCGCAGCCCAUGUCGGCCGUUCCACUCCCCGACGUCAGCCUUGAUGCCGGCCGGCGCGCCUCAAUGCUCUCGAUACCUGGAAGCAUGCCCGCGGAUCCCUCCGUGAGGCACCCCUCUAUGCCAUAUCCUGGAGGACCAUCUCCCUCGCCUGUUCAGUACAACGCUCAUAUGACGCCUCACUUCCAGCCCGUCACGCCAGGAGCGCCGCCUCCGCAGGUUCAUCAGACUCCCGUGCCUAUUCCUCAUCCUCCUCACCUUGGUCCUCCCCAGCCCCAAGUAGCAGUGCGUCCUGUGCAAUAUCAGCACCAACCUCAGCACCCACAGGCCGGCUAUGCCCAAGGCUUUACCCCGAAUUAUGCGCACGCGAUGCCUGUUAUGCAUCAGCAGGCGCCGAUGGGUAACCAAAUGGCCCAGGCAUUCAACCAAGUCCAAGUCCCCCCCGUUGCGCGCACCCCCAUGGCACCCAACCCAGGUGCACCUAUGCAGGCUGGUAACGUAUACAACCCGCCACGACCACCAGAGGUGUACACUCUACCCGACAACAUCAACGAGGCUCUCCCAGAAGAGCUCCGACAGAACUUCCAGCAUGACAGCAAUGGUCGUGUCCUGUUCUUUACUGCUCCCCCACUUGAGCGCUCUCAUAAGGGUAUCUCACACGAGAGCGCCGGUCUAGGGCAUAGUGCCAAGUAUCUUGCUGGACGCAAAGAGUGGCUGGCAGACAGAGAGAAGAAGCGGAAGGAGCGCGACGAGAAGAACUCGAAUUCAUCUUUGAAGCGAGUCGAGACCGAUGGCACAGCUGUACGCGAAACCAAGGAGGAGAUUGCAGCCCAGGCUAGUGAUGCUGUGGCUAAGUGGCUCCAGCAAUAUGACGAGGAUACCCAACGCUGGAACAAGGAAACCGGUCUCGAAGGGUGGCGCGAGGUUGCUGGAGAAAAGGGCACUGCCUAG